CCGCCUCGCAGGAGGAGACCCCGGGCCCCCACCUGCAGGAGGGCCCCCACCUGCAGGAGAGCCCCCAGGAGAACCUUGGCGCCCCGAGUGGGAGGGGCCCCGGAGCCCGGCCUCACCGGGAAAGGCGCGAGGGUCUUAGCAGCCCAAGCUUUGGCCCCGGGACCCGAGGUGGCGGAGUUGGUGCAGUUCUUGCCGGUGAAGGACAAAAGGAAGAGGCUCACCCCUCGCUCUGAGAUGGGGAAAUACGUCAUCCGAGACUUAGAGGAUCUUUUCCCUGAGAUCACCGCUCCCGCAGGACAUCUGCGGUAUUUGAGUUUGAGCUGAAAACAGCUGGGCCUCAAGCACCACACGAUCUUGAUCAACAAACUAAAGCCUCCUGAGGAGGAGGAGGACCUGGGAGGAGGUGGCCCCAGAUUGGGUCCCUUAAUGAUGGUCUUGGGCUUUAUCCACGUGAAUCAAGGUAAUAGCGCCAGGGAGGCACAGGUCUGGGAGAUGCUGCGUCGGUGGCGGGUGUGGCCCUCCAGGUGCCGAUAACAUCUCUGCCUCUUGGGGCACCCGAGGGGGAUUAUGGAAGAGUUCAUGCAGCAGCAAUACCUCAGUUACAGGCAGGCGCCUCGCACCAAUCCACUACUAGGUUGUUCAUUCUCUUGUCCCCUAAGAAACCUGGAAACCAGCAAAUUGGAAAUCUUGGGUUUUGUGGCCAAGCUCCAUGAAAAGGAACCCCAGCACUGGCAAGUGCAGAACCAUGAGGUCCUGGCAGGUCAGGUCAACAGGGUCAGAGAGGCCAGUAGGAGGGUUAGGGUUAGGGCCAGAGCCAGUGCUAGGGCUGGCACCCACCCCUGUGAGGGCUGA